CAGCCCGUGGCCAAGUGGAAAGGGAACUUGGCUUGUAACUGGAGGGUCGCCAGGUCAAAUACCCCUGAGCAAGGUACCCAACUCCCAUUGCUCCCCAGGCGCUACUAAGUGUGGCAGCCCACUGCUCCUAAUUCUAGGAUGGGUCAAAUGCAGAGAAAUAAUUUCCCUAAGGGGAUUAAUAAAGUAUUAGAUUUAAUGACAUCCAGGUGUGUUUUGAAGCUAACAUUGCUAAUGACGUCCAGGAGUGUUGUGAAGCUAACAGUGCUAAUGACGUCAAUUGUCAGGACACUGUAAAGCUGGAAGGAAAGGAUUGUGUAAGCAGUGGUGCUGUGAGUCAGGUGAGAGGUUUACCUGUGACUCAGGAGAGGUUUACCUGUGACUCAGGUGAGAGGUUUACCUGUGACUCAGGUGAGGUUUACCUGUGACUCAGGUGAGAGGUUCCCCUGUGAGACAGAGCAGAGCUCAGCUGUUAAUUAAAAGCUUGCUGCUCCUCAGAGACGUGGAGAUCGUCCGUGUUUAUAGAAACGUUAAAAGCUGCUUCACCACAAACAGAAGGUGGACGUGUGAAGAUCAGGUCACUAUCACAGGCGUGUGAUGACAUCAUGAAACGGUGGCGUCACUCAGUGGAUGAGCUGGCAGGGCGGCGACGGCAGCAGAGCGAGUGUGAGCGCGCUCAUCAGGCUCUGAGUCGGGUCACUUCCUGUUUCCAGCAGCUGGCGGCAUCACUGGGCAGCACAGCGGACAGCAGCUUCCUGAGAGAUGAGCUGGAGGAGACGAGGACACUCGCUCACCGAAUCUGCUGUGGGUUGUCCCGACGUCUGGUGCGUCUUGUGUCCCUCAGUGACUCGUGUGUGGAGGACAGACAGGUGUCAGAGCGUCUCUGGGUUCUCUUGCUGUCGGCGCUGGAGCACUUCCUGUCUGACCUGAGGAAAGCGAGCAAUCUGAUUGGACAGUUUCCUCUGACUCAGCGCUGCGACAGAAACUCAUUGAUCAACACAGGAUGUAUGGAUGGCGUGGUGGGCGUGGCAGCUCAGGUGGCGUUGGUUCAGGUACCGUGGCUCACCUUGGAGGAGGAGCCUAGUCCUGAUCUGACAUGUCACAUCAGUGGACUGGAGGACAUGUUGACUGAGAUGCAGCGCAGGGUGCCCGUGGCGUUCUGGGCGGUGGAGGCGACUCAGGCGGCGUGGACCGAGGCUCACGGGGCCGCGGACGAACCCGACCACAGUCUGGAGGAGCUGAUGGACGUGGAAGUCGUCCACGGCAACAAGAUGGCCGCCUGCUGCCAACCUAUGUGCUGUGGACUGGGGUGUGUCGGAUAGAAGGGGGAGGAGUCAACUCAGACCCGCGAUGACGUUUGUGACUGUGAUCAAUAAAAUAAAAAGCUUUCAAAAUCAA